AUGAGUCCCAUUCAGAUCCCGAUCGACGCCAUCACCUCGCGCUUCGGCGAGCGCUUCAACAGCGUCCGCGCCCAAUCGUUCGGCUCUCGUUUCGCCAACCUCCGUCCGGUGUCCGAGUUCCUCGACCUGAAGCGUCUGUCCAAGCCAGCCAACUUUGGCGAGGUCCAGAGCCGCGUCAACUACAACCUGUCUUACUUCUCCAGCAACUAUGCCGUCGUGUUUGUGAUGCUGAGCAUCUACAGCCUGCUGACCAACCCCGUGCUGCUCUUCGUCAUCAUCCUGGUGACCGGUGGUCUCUACGGUAUCGGGAAGCUCGAAGGUCGCGAUCUGGAUCUCGGCGUCGCUCGCUUUAACACGUCCCAGCUCUACACCGGUCUGCUGAUCGUCGCGGUUCCUCUGGGCAUCUGGGCUUCUCCCAUCUCUACCGUGCUCUGGUUGAUUGGAGCGACUGGUGUACCACCCGGGGCACGACUGGGGAGACAAACCAGGAGGCGGAUGGCUCCAUGGAUGGAGGAAGGUGACUCGCGAAUCGAGGAGAUUGAGAGUGAGGACGAGUUUUGGAUGCGGGAGGGCCGUGCCAUCGCCACGCGCAUGGAUCUGGAGGGUCGCUUCGGGUGGCCGCGGCGGAUGUUGGAUUACGGUGAGGUUUUCGAUGACACCGAGUCGGUCGACGGGACGGAUUAUGACCUGUACGAGGAUGCGGAUAGCACCGUGGCCUAUGCGGUUCAGUUGGCGAUGAAGGACAAGGAGGAUUGGCUGGUGGAGAAGGCCCUGGAACGCAUUCGGCGCGCGCAGAGGUUGGGACAAAAGAACGUACGCUUGUCCAAGCGCGAGCUGGAGGCGUUGGAGCGCAAGCGAUCCCAAACCAACGGUGUGCGCAGUCACCCAGCAGCGUCCCCGCGAGGCAGCAGCAUGAAUACCCCCCGCAAGCCUCCCUUUACCAAGGGCGAGGUGAACGAUGGCUAUAUGCCGCGAGCCAGGGCCUCUGGAUACCAGACGCCUCCCCGAUCGGGCUCUCUGCGAUCACCAUAUGCAACGUCGUCGCCUCGAACCCCCCAGCAGACACCUUAUUCCUCUCCUUUAGCUCGAUCGCCGGUGUCCGUGAAAAGUCCCACUCUUGCACGUCCGCUACCGGAUGAGCCGCAUUGGGUCCCACCACCGUAUACGAUGCACAGCCAUAUGGAUCCGCGUGGCUCGCCAGGUCACCCGAGCAUGGCCCCGUAUAUGACCGGCUAUCCAUCAGCGGCGGCUUACGGGGAGCGCCGCCCGACCAGCGCCCGUCAUUCCAUGCGAUCUCGACCUACGCCAUCGGCGUCGGAAGACGAGGAGGAAGAAAGCGAGGGCGACGACAGCGGUGAUGAGGUCCAGAUGGUGGAUGUGGUGGAGCGACGGGUGCCUACGGGGACACCCAGCCGCAAGACGCCCAGCCGCCAGUCGACCCACCGCGGGAGUCGUCAACGCAGCAAUCGUCCUCGAUAG